AUGUCCAACGAUCUCCCAGUUAACGGUAACGUCGAGCGCUCAGCGCUCUCACCUCAAUUCCUCGUCAAGGCCGGUUUGGCAAGAAUGCUCAAGGGAGGAGUCAUCAUGGACGUUGUCAAUGCUGAGCAGGCCAGAAUCGCUGAGGAGGCUGGUGCUGUCGCCGUUAUGGCGCUUGAGCGUGUCCCCGCUGACAUCCGUGCGGAGGGUGGCGUCUCGAGAAUGUCCGACCCCAAGAUGAUCAAGGAGAUCAUGGAGGCCGUGACCAUUCCCGUGAUGGCCAAGGCGAGAAUUGGCCACUUUGUUGAGUGCCAGAUCCUCGAGGCCAUUGGUGUCGACUACAUUGACGAGUCCGAGGUCUUGACCCCCGCCGACAACGUUCACCACGUCGUCAAGCACAACUUCAAGUCUCCCUUCGUCUGUGGAUGUCGUAACCUUGGAGAGGCUCUCCGCCGUAUCUCUGAGGGUGCCGCCAUGAUCCGUACCAAGGGUGAAGCCGGUACCGGUGAUGUCGUCGAGGCCGUCAAGCACAUGCGCACCGUUACCAACGAGAUCCGCAAGGCCGGUGCCCUCUCUGACGAGGAGCUCUACGUCAUGGCCAAGGAGAUUGGUGCUCCCUUCGAUCUCUUGAAGGAGACCGCCCGUCUUGGCCGUCUCCCCGUUGUCAACUUCGCUGCCGGAGGUGUUGCGACCCCCGCCGACGCUGCUCUCAUGAUGCAGUUGGGAUGUGACGGUGUUUUCGUUGGAUCUGGUAUCUUCAAGAGCGGAAACGCAUCUGUCAGGGCCAAGGCCAUUGUCCAGGCCGUUACCCACUUCAACGACCCCAAGGUCCUUGCUGAGGUGUCCACUGAUCUCGGAGAGGCCAUGGUCGGACUCAACGUUGAGAAGCUCCCUGGAGGUGAGAGGAUGGCAAAGAGGGGAUGGUAA